UUCUCGAGUCCCGCCCUCUGGCCACCUAAUGUUUGUGUGUGUGUGUGUGUGUUUUAGUUUGGGAUGAAUAGUGACACGUAUGUGGCUCCGUCUCGUUGAAGCCACCAGUCCCGGCAGGACAUCUCCACCCGGGGCCGGGAGAGCAGACGGACAACUUUGAGAAGGUCUUCUUACUUAGCAACAUGGAGGCGAGAGACGCGACUGCAGGUGCUCUCCUGGGCAAUGAUGGCGAGCAAAAGACUGCAAAGAAAACUUCCACCGCUAAGAAACUACAUCCACCUAAAAGUAAGAUGGAGCAACUCUUCGGCUUCAAGAAGGAAGAUGUGACGUCAUGGCGCAGCCUGGUGACCCUCCUGAACCGCCCCAUGGACCCUGCAUCCCUGGGCAUCUUUCGCUGCAUGUUUGGCUUGCUGAUGGCCAUCGACAUCACACAGGAGCGGGGCCUGAGUCACGUGGACUACAAGUACCUGGACGGCGCCCCCGUGUGCCGCUUCCCGCUCUUCAACUUCCUCAAGCCGCUGCCCAUGGACUGGAUGUACAUGGUCUAUCUGGUGAUGUUCAUCGGCUCAUUGGGCAUCAUGCUGGGCUGCUUGUACCGCCUGUCCUGCCUGAUGUUCGUGUCCACAUACUGGUACGUCUUUUUCCUGGACAAGACGGCGUGGAAUAACCACUCCUACCUCUACGGCCUCAUCGGGUUUCAGCUCACGCUCAUGGACGCCAACAGAUACUGGUCAGUGGACGGCUUGAGGAGAGCCGCCAUAAGAAACGCACACGUGCCGCUGUGGAACUACGCCUUGUUGAGGACGCAGGUAUUUAUAGUCUACUUCAUCGCUGGAAUUAAGAAGCUGGAUGCUGAUUGGAUGGAGGGCUACUCCAUGUCCUACUUGGCGCAUCAUUGGCUGUUCGAUCCCUUCAGGAUGAUUCUUCCCGUGGAGUUAAUCAGUCUGCUGGUGGUCCACGGCGGCGGUCUAAUUCUGGACCUGAGCGCCGGCUACCUGCUCUUUUUUGACGCCACAAGACCUUACGCGGUUGUCUUCGUCACCUACUUCCACCUCAUGAACUCUCAGCUCUUCAGCAUCGGCAUGUUCCCCUACGCCAUGCUGGCCACCAGUCCGCUCUUCUUCUACGCCGACUGGCCCAGGCGGUUCUUCGCCCGCUUUCCGGCGUUCCUCCGGGGCGUCCUCCCGUACACGACGCCCGACCCCCAGCCCAGCUCUUCCUGCAUUUACCAGGAGGCCGGCCGGCAGCAGGGUGUCGCCAAGUCUUCCAAGACGAGGUUCAAACACAAACUGGCGGCCUUCUUCGCUGUGGUCUACUUGCUUGAGCAGUUCUUCUUGCCGUACUCCCACUUCAUCACUAAGGGUUACAACAACUGGACCAACGGCUUGUACGGCUACUCCUGGGACAUGAUGGUGCACUCACGCAGCCACCAGCACGUGAAGAUCACCUACAAGGACGGCCAAACCGGGGACAUUGGAUACCUCAACCCGGGGGUGUUCACUCACAGUCGGCGCUGGAAGGACCACGGCGACAUGCUGAAGCAGUACGCCACCUGCCUCAGCGACCUGCUGCCUCGCUACAACAUCUCCGACCCGGAAAUCUACUUUGACAUCUGGGUGUCCAUCAAUGAACGUUUCCAGCAAAGGAUAUUCGACCCCCGCGUGGACAUCGUGAAGGCCGACUGGUCUCCGUUCCAACCGAACCCGUGGCUGAUGCCCCUGCUGGUGGAUCUCUCGCCCUGGAGGACAAAGUUCCAGGAGAUCGAGAGCUCUUUGGACAACCAGACAGAGAUUGUCUUUAUCGCAGAUUUUCCAGGCCUCCACUUAGAGAACUUUGUGAGCGAAGACCUGGGCAACACCAGCAUCCACCUGCUGCAGGGCGGCGUGAAGGUGGAGGUGGUGGAGGAGAAGAAGAACUACACCUUGCAAGCCGGGGAGAAGAUGACGGUUCCCGCCGGAGCUUACCAUAGAGUGUACACGGUGUCCCAGGGGCCAUCUUGCUACAUGUACAUCUACGUCAACACCACGGAGGCGGCGCUGCAGCAGAACUUCACCAAGCUGUUGGACCUCCAGGAGCGCAUUCGGAACGGGACAGAGACGGAGCCUCUCCCACCCGAGCUGCAGCCUCUCUUGUGGGCGGACAGCGAGGACGGCACCGAGGUGGACGCCACUGACCCCGUGGUGAAGCUCUUCCUGAAGAGGCAGCGGCGCCUGAAGGAGGUGAAGAGGCGGCGGGAGGCCGGCGUGCUGGAGCGUCUGCGGCGCUUUGCUGUGAAGAAGUACUACAGCAUACGGCGAGGAUUCUUGAUGACGGCCAUCGCCGUGAGAAACCUGGCCGUGGGUUUGCCGCCGCUGGAUCAGCUGACGCAGGAAGUGGCGUUCGCCAACAUGAAAGAACCGGAAGCGGAAGAAGGCCGGGGGGCGGAGCAGCUCAAAGAUGAAGUCGGUCACGGAGAACUCUAGGAGACGUCCCCGCUCACGUUGCCUGGACUGGACUGUUGCAGUACGGAGGAAAUUUACAUGGCCCCAUUCCAAGGAAUCAUUUUUCAAUGCAGUCUGCUGAAAACGACGGAAAGCGCCACUCGACAAAGCAAAUGACGCUGUGGUCAAAUUAAUAAGAUAUUCAACACUCUACUAUCUGUGGGUUAAACUAGAUAGUGCAACCCCCCAAUUUGUCACGUUUCACGUGUCAGGUAAACCGUGACGAGCGGGGCCAUAUGAAUCCCCUCCCUACUGCGCUACGACAGGAGGGGACACAUGUUACUAAAAUGUUUGCCAUUUCAGAUUAUUUCCAAAUACAAAGGCAGUAUUUUGCUAACUAAGCUAAUGUGACAACUAGCAGGAAUUUUUGCAUAUUUUUACUUUGACUGAAAAGUUACACAUUCAAUGCUUAGUGAUUAUGUCAGUGCCUUUUUAUUGUUUGGAAAUGGUUACGUUGAAUAAGCAGUUUGGAAAUUGGGUACAAUUUUUCCUCAAAGAUUCUCCUCGAAUUGUAAUAUUAAAAAAAAAAAUUGCUAUUUUUCACAAUCAACAAAUAAUCCUUAACGUAGUAUUAAAACAUGUGUCAGAAUAAUUGUAUCUAAGUUAUCACAAAACUUUGUGUUUCAAUGAGUUCCCGGCGAGCAGACAAAAGCCGUCUUUGAUCUUACCAAUCAGAAGGCUUGUAAAACUCCACUGUGUAGGAUGGGGAGCGACAUGAAGGUGUGGGUUUCUUUGAUGUAUUGUAAUCCACAGGAAGAUUUUGUCUUGACCCGAGAUCUACAAAGCGGAGAGGAGGCAAGGCCUGACCCCCCUCCAGGCACCUUUCCUUUGAACUGUUUUGUGACAGAGGGCAACGGCUGUUUAUGACCCUCAGUCCCUUUUAAAAAAACAGCUGUUGCCAUGAAAUCAGGGAAAGUCCAAAUAAAAGAGACGUACAAUCUUUUGUCAGAGAGUGGACGACACUGUACAGAGGUACAGUGUCUCCGCCUUUAUCCUCAAUUGAGCUAAAAAUAAUUCUGGCUCUGUUUAAUUCCUUGCUUCUUGUCUUGUUUAAUCCGUGAUUUUAACCUGACAAUAUGUCAUUUCUUUUAUAUUCAAAUGAUAAUUUUUAAUGGAUGAAAUGGGUCAAAAUGAAGUUUCUUCGCGUUUGCAAAUACAAACCCUGUUGAGUUGGGAAAUUGUGUUAGAUGUAAAUAUAAACAGAAUACAAUGAUUUGCAAGUCAUUUUUUAACCCAUAUUCAGUUCAAUAUGCGACAAAAACAACAUAUUUUGAUGUUCAAUUUGUUUUUGCAAAUAAUCAUUAACUUUAGAAUUUGAUGCCAGCAACACGUGACAAAGAAGUUGGGAAAGGUGGCAAUAAAUACUGAUAAAGUUGAGGAAUGCUCAUCAAACGCUUAUUUGGAACAUCCCACAGGUGUGCAGGCUAAUUGGGAACAGGAUUGGGUAUAAAAACAGCUUCCCAAAAAAAUGCUCAGUCUUUCACAAGAAAGGAUGGGGCGAGGUACACCCCUUUGUCCACAACUGCGUGAGCAAAAAGGUUUAAGAACAACGUUUCUCAAAGUGUAAUUGCAAGAAAUUUAGGGAUUUCAACAUCUACGCUCCAUAAUAUCAUCAAAAGGUUCAGAGAAUCCGGAGAAAUCACUCCACGGAAGCAGCAUGGCCGGAAACCAACAUUGAAUGACCGCGACCACAAAAAAACACAUUCAGCACGUGUUACAACAGCGUGGCUUCGUAAAAAAAAGAGUGCGGGUACUUUCCUGGCCCGCCUCCAGUCCAGACCUGUCCCCCAUGGAAAAUGUGUGGUGCAUUAUGAAGCGUAAAAUAUGACAGCGGAGACCCUGGACUGUUGAACGACUGAAGCUCUACAUCAUGGUGUCAAACUCUGGCCCGCAGGCCAAAUUUGGCCCGCUGUGUAUUUUCAUUUGGCCCUUGAGGCAAUAUCAAAUUAACAUUAGAGCUGGCCCGCCGGUGUUAUACAGCGGCAAUGUCACUGUAGCGCCGCAUUCACCGCUAAUACUCACACUUGCUAACCCCCCCACCCCCCGAUUUUCAAAGGAGACUCCAUAAAUUUCAGUGCCCCUCACGAAAAUCACAGGCGGUAACCAUUCCCACCUGGACAACAAUAUUGGGGGCGUACCUUAAAGGCACUGCCUCAAACGUCCUCUAAAACCUUUCGUCACGUCCGCUUUUCCUACGUAGAAACAGCGUGCCGGCCUAGUCACAUGACAUAUGUGGCUUUUACACACACACGCUAAUGCAAUGCAAGCUUGGUCAACAGCCAUACAGGUCACACUGAAGGUGGCCGUAUAAACAACUUUAACACUGUUACAAAUAUGCGCCACACAGUGAACCAACACUAAAUAAGAAUGACAAACACAUUUCGGGAGAACAUUCGCACUGUAACACAACAGAACAAAUACACAGAAUCCCUUGCAGCACUACCUCUUCCUGGGCGCUACAAUAUAAAAAUGUAUUAUUAGCACCUGGGAAAAGUUUAUUUUGAUUUACCUGAGAAGGUUGCAAAUAGAAAAGAGGCAUUCAAUUUGUAUUUAAAUUUGAUUUGAUAUGCCAUGGCUUCACGGUGGAAGAGGGGUUAGUGCGUCUGCCUCACAAUACGAAGGUCCUGCAGUCCUGGGUUCAAAUCCAGGCUGGGGAUCUUUCUGUGUGGAGUUUGCAUGUUCUCCCCGUGACUGCGUGGGUUCCCUCCGGGUACUCCGGCUUCCUCCCACUUCCAAAGACAUGCACCUGGGGAUAGGUUGAUUGGCAACACUAAAUGGGCCCUAGUGUGUGAAUGUGAGUGUGAAUGUUGUCUGUCUAUCUGUGUUGGCCCUGCGAUGAGGUGGCGACUUGUCCAGGGUGUACCCCGCCUUCCGCUCGAUUGUAGCUGAGUAAGGCGCCAGCGCCCCCCGCGACCCCGAAUGGGAAUAAGCGGUAGAAAAUGGAUGGAUGGAUGGAUGCCAUUGCUAUUUUUUAAAUUAUUAGUAUUAUUUGAAACUGGAUUUUGCAUGUCACUAUAAAGUUAUAUAACUCUCACUUGUUCAAUAUUCAAUGCAAAACUUGUUUGGGUCCCUAUUAAAAGGUUAAUUUGUUCAACCUUGGCCCGCAGCUUUGUUCAGUUUAAAAUUUUGGCCCACUCUGUAUUUGAGUUUGACACCCCUGCUCUACAUAAAACAAGAAAUGGGAAAGAAUUCCACUUUCAAAGCUUCAACAAUUAGUUUCCUCAGUUCCCAAACGUUUAUUGAGUGUUGUUAAAAGAAAAGGUGAUGUAACACGGUGGUGAACAUGCCCUUUCCCAACUACUUUGGCACGUGUUGCAGCCAUGAAAUUCUAAGUUAAUUAUUAUUUGCAAAAAAAUAAAAAAUAUGUUGUCUUUGUAGUGCAUUCAACUGAAUAUGGGUUGAAAAGGAUUUGCAAAUCAUUGUAUUCUGUUUAUAUUUACAUCAAACACAAUUUCUCAACUCAUGGAAAUGGGGUUUGUUUAAUCAGGAGGAAAAAAUAGUAACUGAAGCCUGGAUUUGAGGAAAUAUUGUUGUUUUUCUGCUGUAAGUGAGCUUCUAUGCACAUCUCCAUACUGUGAGUAAGACUUCCCAUUUCUACUUUUAUAAAAACACAAUAAAAAUCCUUCCAUGUCA